GGUCGAUGAGCUUCGGCUACGCGGCCGGCGUGUCCCUCCCACAAGCGCUGCCACCCUACCUCCUCCUCCUCCUCGACCCAUAGUCGGAGCACUAUUUGCUACCCACCGCAGGCAGUUGUUGAAAGCAAAAUGCCUAAAACCCCUAAGCGGAAGCGCGCUCUCUCGCCGAUCCGAUCCCUCGAAACCCUUAAGCCUUCCUCCGAGCAGUACCCGGACCUCCCAUUCCCCACCCCGGAGCAAUGCCGGGACGUCCGCGACGCCCUCCUCACCCACCACGGCUUCCCGGAGGAGUUCGCCAAGUACCGGAGAUCCACCACUAGUCCACUGGGUGCGGAGACGGCCGUCGAUGGAGUCGCUGGGGAAACAGUUCUUGAUGGACUUGUGAGCACUCUAUUGUCGCAGAACACCACCGAAUCGAACUCGAGAAGGGCUUUUGAGUCCCUCAAAUCCGCUUUCCCCACUUGGGAACACGUUCUUGCUGCGGAGUCGAAGCUCGUAGAGGAUGCCAUCAGAUGUGGAGGCUUGGCUGCGACCAAGGCAGCGAGGAUAAAGAGCAUUCUGAGAGCAUUGAAGGACAAGAGAGGGCAGAUUUGCUUGGAAUACUUGCGCCACCUGUCUGUUGACGAGGUCAAGACUGAGCUAUCAAUGUUUAAGGGAAUAGGACCAAAAACGAUAGCAUGCGUCUUAAUGUUCCAUCUUCAGCGAGAUGAUUUCCCAGUGGACACUCAUGUCUAUCGGAUCACAAGGGACAUUGGUUGGGUACCUAUGAAAGCUGACAGGGAGCAGGCUUAUCUUCAUCUCAAUAAUAGAAUACCUAAUGACCUGAAGUUUGACCUAAAUUGUCUUCUUGUAACUCAUGGAAGACUUUGCCACAGAUGUGCCAUCAGGGGCGGUAGGCAGAAAACUUCACGUUCUUUCGCUUCUUGCCCUCUCGCUGAGUAUCAGAAGAGUAGGAGAGUAAGCUAAGCAUUUUUCAAUUUGUAUUCUCUCUGUUACAUACCAGAUGUUAGAUUGGACUCCCGACUUAUAGUUUGUCUAGGGAGCACUGGUAAGCGAGUCUCCCACCGGUUCGGGAUCUAGGGAUGGUUAAUGUACAUAGUCUUAUUCCAAGUUGUCUACUUGCAAAUGAAAUAUUCAAUUCUGUAGAAAA